AUGUCAACUGUAAAUAAAGAGAUUCAACAUCCUCCAACAAAAGAAUGUAUUAGUCGAUUACGUAAAGAAUUUUUAGAGAUAAAUAAGAAUCCAGUUGAGAAUAUAGUGGUUUGUCCUCAUCCAGAGAAUAUCUUGGAGUGGCAUUAUGUUAUUUUGGGACCAGAGAAUACAGUAUAUGAAAGUGGUUUAUACUAUGGCAAAUUAAUUUUCAAAUAUAAUUAUCCUCUAUCACCACCAUCGAUUAUUAUGACAACACCUUCAGGUAGAUUCCAAACUGAUACAAGAUUAUGUCUAUCUAUAAGUGAUUAUCAUCCAGAAUCAUGGUCACCAUCCUGGUCAGUUUCAAGUAUUUUAAUUGGACUUUUAUCAUUUAUGGUCGAUAAUGAUUCAACUUUAGGAAGUAUCAUCACAACAAACGAUGAAAAAAGAAUAUUGGCAUCUAAAUCUACAGAGUUUAAUAAGAAGAUACCAACAUUUUGUCAACUUUUCCCAUACCUCGUUGAGGAUUAA